ACCGGCUGUCUACAGACAGUACCUUGAAGAAAGUGAAGCCAUGUAAACAGGUUGUGACAAACCAGUUUCCUUGUCAUUGAAACCAUUUGGAUCUACCUUAUGUAAACAUCUCAGCUGCCAUAUAGAGAGCCCCACCCAAAGUUCAACAUCUAGUUUACAAUGAAAACCGUUACACCUCUGCUGCAUUUAACUGCAGUUUUUCUUCUCGUAUGUGGGAGUUCGAAUGCAGAUAAUGCUAAGACCUAAAAUUCUGAUCAGUCACCCGGCUACACCUCAGAAGGCACUAGACGUUUUAAAAGACAAGUUUGAACUGGUUGUAUCCCAGGGUGAUCCAAACCCAACAAGAGAGCAGUUGCUGAAAGAUAUCAAGGGAUGUGCUGGUGUGCUAUUGUUUGGUCACUCGAAAUUCGACAAGGAAAUGAUGGACGCUGCUGGAGAUUCACUGAAGGUAGUAGGCAGUGCCGCAGCAGGCUAUGAUCAUAUCGAUUUACCGCUGUUGAGAGAACGAGGUGUUCAAGUCAGCAACACUCCCGGACUGUUGGGACCAGCAGUUGCUGAACUCUCCAUAGCUCUCUUGUUGGAAGUCUCACGGAGAACGUUGGAAGGCUACAGAGCAAUUGUUGAAAACAAGUGGAUACCUGGACAUCCAACAUGGAUGACAGGACCUGGACUCUCUGGUAAAACCGUUGGAAUUAUAGGACUGGGAGCAAACGGUUUCAACAUAGCCAAGAGGAUCAAAGGUUUUGAUAUCGGUCGCCUGUUGUACAAUGAUCUAUCAGAGUUGAAAGAAAAAGCAAAACAAGUUGAUGGAGAGUUUGUGACAAAAGAUGUCCUCUUUAGAGAAAGUGAUUUUGUGUUUCUUGGAGUUCCUCUUACAAACCUUACUAAGAAUCUAGUCAACAAGGAGGUUUUCAAGACUAUGAAGAACUCCAGCAUCUUGAUCAACACUGCUCGUGGAGAGGUGGUCAAUCAAGAUGAUCUAGUGGAGGCACUGCAGAAGAACAUCAUCUAUGGUGCAGGUCUUGAUGUAAUGUAUCCAGAACCCUUGCCUUCAGACCACAUCCUCACCAAGUUACCCAACUGUGUAUUGACACCUCACAUUGGCAGUGCCACAAUAGAAAUCAGGGAGGCGAUGUUAGUGCUGGCAGCUCAGAAUAUUCUAAAUGUUCUCACAGGACAACCUCUACUUACCCCGAUACCUUGAGAGAGCAACAUUACUCUACUUGUCUUUGUUUGUCAAUAAACACUAUUUGUCAAUGAAA